AAGGUAUGUUGGGGCCCCGGCGAUACCGCGGGGUUGCCCAUGUUCGCUAGUUCUCUCUUUCCUCUUCAGCACUUUUCCCCAAUUGUUCUUCCCCUUUUCCCUCUCCUUAAUUUCUCAAAUUCAUCUUCCCAAGUAAUCAUUGACUUCAUCUCUUUGAUACCUUUACUGAUGCAAUGCCCUCUGCCCAGAGAUGAUACAGAACAGUAGCAUCUCAGGAGGCUAAGCAUUAUAGUUUGGCCCGAUUAAACAUAAACAAAAUACCUAAAUUUGAGCAUGGCUGCAACUCCAGCAUAUCCUUUGUCUCUGGGCUUAGUCGCUGUGUUCCAGUUGGUGUUUUUCUUGUUUUUCCUGUCAUCAAUCGCCGCUGCAGAUGACGUUUCACGAGCAGCUCCUAGCGGUGAAUCUGCCGCCUGCAGAAACGACUUCCGAUUGGUUAAGGUCAAGAGGUGGGUGAAUGGUCUUGAAAAGAAGCCAAUAGGUGGGUUAACAGCGGAUUUUGGCUCUAUAUUGCCCGCUGAUGCUAAACAAGGUCACAGAUUCCCUGUUACAUUUUCAAAACCCUUAAAUAGCUGCUCACCCUCUUCUUUCAAGCUCACAGGGUCUAUUGCAUUGGCUGUACGAGGUGAUUGCAUCUUUACAACUAAGGCCGAAGUUGCACAAGCGGGGGGAGCAGCAGGAUUGGUGGUGAUAAAUGACGAGGAAGGUCUUGUGCAGAUGGGUUGUGGGAAUGAUACUAAUUUGAACAUUACAAUUCCUGUUAUCACCAUUUCUAAGUCAGGAGGGGAGGAAUUAAAGAAAUCCAUGGAUGGCGGGGCAAAAGUGGAACUACUGUUAUAUUCUCCAGAUCGACCAAUUUUAGACUACUCAGUGAUAAUUUUGUGGCUGAUGGCUGUUGGGACGAUAGUUUCUGCUUCACUUUGGUCAGAAAUCACUGGAUCAGAGCAAACUGAUGAACGCUAUAACCAAUUGUCACGAAAGGAAUAUGAUGCACUAGUGAAAGAUGAGGAAGAGAAGGAAAUCCUCCAUAUUAAUGCGAAAAGUGCUAUAAUUUUUGUUAUAACGGCAUCAACUUUUCUGCUGCUCCUGUACUUCUUUAUGUCAUCUUGGUUCAUCUGGUUGCUGAUCAUACUUUUCUGCAUUGGCGGUGUUGAGGGAAUGCAUAAUUGUAUUGUUUCAUUGGUCUUAAGCAAAUACAAGCGUUGUGGGCAGAAGACAGUGGAUCUGCCAAUUAUAGGGGAGAUUUCCAUUCUCUCUUUAGUUGUCUUGAUACUCUGUCUGGUUUUUGCCAUUGUUUGGGCAGCUGAGCGGAAGUCAUCAUACUCUUGGGUCGGACAAGACAUUCUUGGCAUUUGUAUGAUGAUAACCGUCUUGCAGUUGGCUCAAUUACCAAACAUAAAGGUUGCGACAGUACUUCUAUGUUGCGCAUUCUUAUAUGACAUCUUCUGGGUUUUCCUAUCUCCAUUUAUAUUCCACGACAGUGUUAUGAUUGCAGUUGCCGAGGGUGAUAAAAGCGGUGGAGAAUCAAUCCCCAUGCUUCUGAGAGUUCCUCGACUUGCUGAUCCUUAUUACGGUUAUAACAUGAUAGGCUUUGGGGAUAUUCUAUUCCCGGGUUUGCUGGUGUCCUUUGCUUUUAGAUUUGACAAAGCCAAUAAGAAGACAGUACUACAUGGAUACUUUCUUUGGUUGACGAUUGGCUAUGGAGUUGGCCUACUUUUUACGUACUUAGGGCUGUACUUGAUGGAUGGGCAUGGUCAACCCGCCCUCCUCUAUCUAGUACCAUGUACUCUAGGAACUUGUGUCGUGUUGGGUUAUAUAAGGGGGGAGCUGAAACAACUUUGGAGCUAUGGCACUGACUCAACAGAACUCACUGCUCCUUCUGGAGAAGCUUGAUGCAUGACUAAAUUUACCAGCAUUGACCCUAGAUACAGCCAUGGAUUUUUAGGCUUUUAUAUUGAUGGUGAUCAUGGAAGCUUUGUUCUGCACUUUGCAUAUAUAAGACUAUAAAGUAUAUAUUGUUCCUACAGGCAGUUGUAUAUGCACAUCUGUUUUCUCAUAUUAAUAUCUUUCUCACUGUUUUCUUCACAUCUAAUCCCUAUCACAUCAAUGCACUUUGGCUAUAA